CACUUCUAUCCUCUCAUCCUCUUCUCCCUUCCCCACCCCUCAUUUCCCUCGCCCCAAACCCCCGCCAUGGCCAACUUCGUCUCCUACGUCGCCCCUACCUCCUUGGAAAAUGCCCGCGCCAUCAUUCCCAAUGACUACGAGCCCGACCUCUUCAACGACAUGGGCUUCGUACUGCGCGCCAAAGCCGACAGCGGCGAAGACAUCCACCUCUGGAUGUUCAUGUACCGGCAACGGGGCGAAGAAGUCAUCAUCAACAACGAAGUCUGCCAAACCCUCCUCGUGUGCCCCACCUACACCCCCGCCGAAAAAGAAUCUAUGCACGACACCCCCUUCAUCAACAAGGGGCAAAACAUAGACGACUACCACCCCCUCAACACGCUCACCUUCACCGACACCCCCACGACCGCCACCUGGACCCUCGCCGGCCGCGUCUUCUCGUCGCGCGCCAACCACUGGACCGUCUCGGGCUCGCACGCCGGCGUCAGCGUGCAGCUCGAAUGGACGCAGCGCGGCGACGCCCUCUACAACGGCGGGCCAUUCGCGGACCUGCACUCGGACGCGGGCCACAGCGCCUUCAUCGUGCACGCGCACGUCACGGGCACCGUGACAGCCGGCGGGCGCACGCUGGUGGUGUCGGCGGGCAACGGGCACGGGAUCCACGAGCGCAUCUGCAUGGCGGGCCACGUGCCCGCGCGGCUGCAGUACAUGCUGGAGCGCGGGAUGAACUGGCUGAACGGGUACGGCGCAGCCAUGUCGUGGUACAUCAAGACGGCGUCGCGCGGGCGCUCGGCGACGAUGAUGCUAAAUGUGUAUGGGGAGACGCUGGCGGUGGUGGGCGGGGAGUGGGCGGGUGUGGAGGAGGUGGGGUUUUGGCUGGAUCCGAAGACGAAUCAGGUGAAUCCGCGGAAGUGGCGCGUGUGGGCGGUUGUGGAGGGGAAGGGCAGGCUGGAGGCGGUGGUGACGGCGUAUGGAAGGGCGUAUUAUACGUGGGUCAGGCAGGGGGGUGUGGUGCUUGUGAAUCAAUUUGUGGCGGAUGCGGUGUGUACGUGGACGAGGGAGGAUGGGACGAGGGUGGUGGAGGAGCAGAUGGCUAUGAAUGAGUAUAUGAGGACGUUGUAUGUGCAGCCGACGUCGUAGGGGUUUAGGGGACUAGGUGCGGUAUUGUGACUGGGUUAUUGGAAGGAUGAAAGUUGAGAAGAUGUAUAGGAAGACUUGAAGAUGACGUGCAUGCAGUGUCUCGUUGUAGAUGUGCGUACAUAUUCCUGCCACUGCUUAUGGUGCCUCACGGUACUUCCAGAGUUUCGAAUCACAUAUACUCAUGAGGCCACCCCAGACAGCGGCGGAGAAGAGCACAUAGGUAGGUUAGGAGUGCGAUUCGUUGCCCCUGAUGUCUAUUAGUACGUUGAAGCUCUAUAAGCAGUGGCAGCAAAGUGUACGAAGAGCCAUGACGAGGCGCUGUAGAACAAGGUGGA